AUGGAGUCAGUCUUUAGGAUUCCAGAACCUUUGAAUUUUGAUGGUGUAUUGGCGGAUAACUGGAGGAGAUUCAAACAGAGAUUUGAUUUAUAUUCUGAAGCGACAGACCUUCCUCAGAAAGGAAAUAAGAAACAAGUUGCGAUAUUUUUAAAUCUGAUAGGAGAAGAAGGUCUGGAACUCUUUAACUCCUUCUCAUUAACUGAUGCUGAAACCGAAGAUUUGAAAAAGGUCGUUGAAAAGUUUGAAGAAUAUUGUAGUCCUAGAAAAAAUAUUAUAUUUGAAAGAUACAGAUUCAAUUCCAUUAUACAAAAUGAUGGUCAAUCAUUUGAUUCUUUUUUGACUGAGUUGAGGAAAGCGGUCAAAACGACAGAAUAUGGAGAGCCCGAACAAAUGAUUAGGGAUAGGAUUGUUAUUGGAGUGUCAAACAAACUUACACAAGAAAGGCUACUGAGAGAAUCUGAUUUGACGCUUGAAACGGCUAUAAAAAUUUGUAGAGCUGUUGAGAUCAGCAAAUCACAGAGCAAAGCCCUUCAAAAUGAAGCAUCUGUAAGUGCAGUAACUACUAAAGAUAAAGUAAAAAGAAGCCAAUCAGAAAAACAGAUUAUGUGUAGCUAUUGUGGGUACAAUCAUGAUAGAGGCAAAUGUCCAGCUUUUGGGAAGAAGUGUACCAAGUGCAAGGGUAAAAAUCACUUUGCAGCAGUGUGUAAGAAGAAAGAAAAAGACACUAACAAGAAUAGAAAAAAAAAGUCAAUGAAGUCUCAAGAGAUGUGGACCUGUCAGAAAGUUCAGAAGAGAGUGAGUUCUAUUUAA